AUGACGCCUUAUCUACCUGGAGCGCACAGUAUUGAUUGCCUGUCUAGAAGUCUCCCUCUCUCCCGGCACCCUCAGGCCGCGGGCCCCUCCCUCCGCGUGGGCUCGCACCUCUCCCCAGCCUGGUGCACCUGGGCUGACGCGGGCUCGGGACUUGUGCGGAGCGCCGCGAGCGCGGCGGUGGCAGAGGAGCGCUGGCUGCCACCUCCAGCUCGUGCGGGAGGGACAGCACGCGCUGCGCAACGGGGACCGUUCUCCUUGGCCGCGGCUCAGGGCUCGCGGCGACCACCGCCUUUGAAGCUGCGGGAGGGCAGCCGUGCGUCUCCCGGGACAGCCAGCCCCGGCGGCUGCUCCUCCCGGAUGCCAGGGCCAGGGCGCCGGGCGGCCGCCAGCAGGAGAAUGAAGAGCUCGGUGGGAGGAAGGAGAGAAAAGCUCCUGGGGGCGCCGAAAGCUCAGCACAGCCGCGAUUUCACCUGUGUACACGAUGGCGAGAGUGAGGCUGAAUUAAUACCUGACGACUUUGAAGAAAAACCAGAAAGAGAAAAGAAACAUACCAACUUUACUUUGUGCAGCGUAUGUAACAUUCAGCUGAAUUCGGCCGCUCAAGCACAAAUCCACUAUAAUGGCAAAUCACAUCAAAAGAGAUUAAAACAACUCAGCAACGGGAUGCUGAAAAAUGACAAUGGAAGUUGCCUAGAGGAUUCCAUCAGUUACUAUAUUUUACUGAACCUAAGAUGUCAUCAAUUCGAAGAUGCACUGUUACGACACGCCAUCAAUUUCAAAGAUGUCAAAAUGGGAAAAGAUCAGCGUCUCAAAAUGGAAGAAUAUAUUUACGGUACUUAUAAGUAGCACUUAAUAUAUGUUGUUUAUCAUUUUAUCAUGAAAUCUUCAUUGCUGUUGUGAUUAAAAUUAAUAGUAUAUCAACACAUAAAAUAGAGAUAACAGACAUAUUACAGAAGUCCAUCUGUAACUUCCCAAAUAAACUUAUUGUGGAAAACCA